AUGGAGAUCAAUUUCGGAUGUUUCUGGAACCAGAAAACCAGAAUCUUUUCACAGCUCAUGAAUUCAGUAGUGGCCGCAAAUAGACCAGCUGAUCCAGCCACGCAACUACAGGCGAGUACAUCAGGUGUUCCCAUUCCUCAGCCGUCGCCACUGGAAUUGGAAGGUGACAUGUCAGAAAAUUUUGAAUUUUUCGAGCGAAGCUGGGAAAAUUACUCGAAAGCUAUCGGUAUGGACAAGUGGCCAGCUACGGAUAAUGAAAGAAUAGUGAGUUUUCUGUUAACCGUAAUCGGCGAGCCGGCGAGGAAAAAGUUCUUCAACUUCGAGCUUACGGCGCAACAGAAAACUGAUCCACAAGCAGCUCUCGCAGCCAUCAAGGAUAAGGUGAUCGCUAAAAGGAAUCUAAUCAUAGAUCGACUUGAUUUUUUCUCGGCUGGACAAACGACUGGCGAAUCAAUAGACGAUUUUAGUACCAGGUUAAAAGUACUGGCUAAAGUGGCCAAGCUGGGAGUUCUAGAGAAGGAACUUCUAGCUUAUAAGAUUGUAACAGCUAACAAGUGGCCUAAACUUCGUACAAAAAUGUUGACGAUUACGGACAUAACACUCGAGAAAGCUAUUGAUUUGUGCAGAGCUGAAGAAAUUGCUGCCAAAAGGGCACACGAGCUUGGAAUCCCAGAAGUGAAUAAAGUGACAAAAGUAAGAAGUUCGUCUAAUCAGAGGCUACUACGUUGCAAAUUCUGCGGUGAUACACACGAGUUUGCUAAAGGUGUCUGUCCUGCCUUGGGCAAACGGUGCCACAAAUGCAAGGGUAAGAACCAUUUUGAGAAGGUCUGCAAGUUUUCCGAAAGAUCGAAGAGUCGUAAAACAAGAAGAGUUAAAGAAGUGAAAGAAGAUUACAGUGAUACGGAUUCUGAUGGUGACUCAGCUAGUGAAGCAUCGCCGGAAGCAUCCGAAGAAGAGUGCGAGAUCGGGAAAAUUUUCGACAACUCGGGAAACGGAGGAAGCGUUGUGGCAGAAGUGAACUUGAAGUUUAACGAAUCGUGGAAGAAAAUAAAAUGUGAAUUAGAUACCGGCGCGAAUACGAGUCUCAUUGGACAUGCUACUCUGGCAAAGCUCACGGGAGUUCCGGAACCGCAAAUGCUACCGUCAAAGUUCCGUCUUCAAAGUUUCGGCGGUAAUCCAAUCAACGUGCUCGGACAAGUAAAAGUGCCAUGUCGCCGUCAAGGUAAGAAGUUUAUCCUUGUACUUCAAGUAGUUGACGUAGAUCAUUGUCCGCUCUUGUCGGCAAAAGCGUCACGUGAACUUGGUCUCGUGAAGUUUUGUAACGAGGUGACAUUUGGAAAACAUAACGCAGUCAAACGGAAUGCGGAAUCAGAAAAGCUAUUCAACAUAUAUCGAGUUGAGGCACAAAAAAUCGUCAAACAUCACGAAGAGCUAUUCCAUGGAUAUGGUAAACUACAAGGAACGGUAAGUUUGGAGCUCGAUCAUACCGUUAAACCUUCGAUACAACCACCACGUCGGGUCCCUAUCGCACUUAGAGACAAGUUAAAACUUGAACUGGAAUCGCUUGAGAAGGAGGGUAUAAUCACGAAGGAAACAAAUCAUACUGAUUGGGUCAGCAACAUAGUCAUAGUUCAACGAGGUGGAUCAAAGGCAGGGAUCAGAAUUUGUCUGGAUCCAAUUCAUCUCAACAAGGCGCUUAUGAGACCUAAUCUUCAGUUCGUUACUCUGGACGAGAUACUGCCGGAAUUGGGCAAGGCGAAGGUUUUUUCCACAAUGGAUACUCGAAAAGGAUUUUGGCACGUAGUGUUAGACGAAAAAAGCAGCAAGUUAACCACAUUCUGGACUCCGUUUGGUCGAUACCGAUGGACGCGUUUACCAUUUGGCAUUGCAUCAGCUCCGGAAAUCUUCCAAAUUAAACUACAGGAAGCAAUCGAGGGAUUGGAAGGUGUAGAGUGUAUCGCGGAUGAUUUGCUAUUGUUCGGAGUUGGAAAUUCCAUCGAAGAGGCACUAGCAAACCACAAUGCUUGCCUGAAAAAAUUGCUUUGUCGUUUGGAACAACAUAACAUCAAACUCAACAAAUCCAAACUGAAACUUUGUGAAAAGUCAGUUAUGUUUUAUGGACACUUGCUCACCGAUGAAGGUCUCAAACCAGAUGAGUCAAAAAUCGAAGCUAUUCGUAAGUAA